AUGGCAGAUAACACACCAUUAGAUUUAUUGAAAUUAAACUUGGAUGAGAAAAUCCAUGUCAAAUUACGUGGAGCCCGUACAAUGACAGGAACUUUACAAGCAUUCGAUUCACACUGUAAUAUUGUCCUUAGCGACGCCAUAGAGAUAAUAUACAAUUUGACAGACGACGGAACGUUAGAGAGCAAUGAGAGGAAAUCUGAGAUGGUGUUUAUUCGUGGCGAUUCAGUGACUUUGAUAACUACUCCAGAAGAAGACUGA